GAUUUCUGAUUACUAAUUUGCAAGCGAUUAUGGAUCUAUGUCUUCAGGGCUCGCAGAUAAACCUCGCCACACGACAGAAAUCGAAACCGAAGUACAACAGUCGCUCGUUGACGACUCUCCACAAUCCGAGCCCGCACUUUCGGCCCCGCUCGGCAAACUUCCUGCAGCAACGCAGUCGCUCCUCGCCCUUCCUGGGACGACCACAGUCCGCGGACCCGAAGUUCGGACAACGGCUGAGCGUCUACUUCAACGAUAAGGAGCUCAAGUCCCACAGCAAGCGCCAGGUGUCUUCCAACGACUUGCUUAAGUCCCUGCUGGGGGAGCCCAUCAAACGGAGCUGGUUGUGCCGCAGCGCCAGCGCGUGCAACUCUUCAGAGUCGGACUUCUCCUCGCAAAAGCGCACUCCGGACAGCAGCGAGGGAGAGCAGCAGCUGGAGCGCUUCCUGGUGACUAUGCCCGUCGGGGAUAAGAACAAGUCCUUUGGUACCAACUGGACGGGCCAGAGCCAGGGCCAGGGUCAGGGUCUCAGCAAUGCGACCCUGCUACAGAAGACAGCCAAGCCGGAUCUGCCGGGGCGUGUGUCCUUCAGCAAACCCAACAUGCACCACGAUGCAGACUCUAGCGACUGCGACAAUGACAAGCAGGAAACACGGCCCAGCAUCUCGGCUCCCGGCCCAAUAGCUCUGCCCAGCUUCCACAGCAAGGCGGAGCCCCCAGAUUCGGCUGGCCAGAAGAAAUCCGUGCACUUUGGCUCUACCGCAGCCGAGGGCGAAGUUCUGGCCGAGACGUACGAGUACCCCAAGUGCCCCUCGGAGAACUGCACCUGCAGUACGCGUUCCUCCUCCACCACCAGCAUGAAUGAGGCCUCUUCCGCUGAGGUCAAGUGUGCCUGCGACACCCCCAGCUGUCGCUUUAUGGAGUCCACUCCGCUUCUGGACAUGGCGCUUCCAUCUCCGCCCUCUCCCCCUCUGCUGGUUCCCCAAAAGUCCACCACGCCAGAGCUAAACGUCAUCAGGGAGUACAAGCAGGCAGUGGGGGUUCAGAUCGUAAGGAACCAUCUCGGUACGGACCGUUCACCCAAGCAUAUGGAGCCUUUGAACAACAUCGAGCCGCUUCCCAGCUAUCUGGACAAGUAUGCCCCAGUUCCAACACAGUCAGCGGCAGCGGCACCGGCCAAGGAGAAGCAGAACAAUCUAUCCGAGACCAAGAACCUGGCCACUAUUAUUCCAAAGGGCUCUCCGAAGAAUAACAGCACCCACAGUGCCUCCAGCCAGCAGUACACCAGUGCCAGCGGUCGGAACUUUGGGGCCGAAAACAACUUUCUCCCAGCGGUGCAGGAUGACCGACGAAAGUACGGCAACGGCAACAGCAACAGCAGCGCAGACUCGGUCAUUAACAACUACCUGAAGGUGGCAUCCACUCCGCCAUUUGUGGGAAAGAAGAAGGAGAAUGUAAAGCCCGCCAGUGCCGAGGCCAACAACAACAGAAUCAGCAAGUCGAAGCUCCCAAAGACAGGAAUACCCAUUAGCGCCUGUCCCGCUGGGAAGCUCAAGAAGGCGGUCAGUGUGGGGAGCCUGCGGGAGGAGCGCAAGCUCGGUGAAUACAAUCUGGACAAGGUGGACAGCUGGAUGAGCAUACAGGAGCAGAAGCAGGCUCGUGCCCAGUUCGAGGAGUUGCACAAGCAGAGACUGGAAGGGGAUGGUCUGGAAGAUGCCAAUGACAUCGAUAGUGGGUCACAGCUGUCCCUGAAGUCAAACGAAGACUCCAGGGACUCCACCUACGACGAGAUAGUGUCGGUGAUCAAGGAGAUCGAAGAGGACAAGAAGAGAGACAACUAUGCCGAACGUCUUCCCAACGACCUUAAGCUCAACCUAAAGUUGGAUUCGCGCUGCGAAACCGCCGAAACGGGGACUAUGAGUGAGGGACCUGUCCAGGAGAGCGGCGACAAGUACAAGGACAUCUUGGCCUAUCUGAACAAUGUGGAAAGUAGCUGUGACAAGACGCUGAUGGAAACACGGCGGUCCAUGCCGGAUAGCAAUCGUUCGGAGGUUGAGUUUGUGGUGGAACCCGACAUCACAGACGAAGUACCCAAGCUAUCGGAACUGUUGAUGCUGCCCAACCAUCAACUGGCCCGCCGUGUCAUUGGCCUGGGCCUGCGGGCCAAUGAGCUGGCCAAUGCCAUUCACCUGUCCAAGGAGCAUGUGCUGCAGUUGCGCGAGGAGAAGCAGAAGUCGCUGCGGGCCGAGAAGACAAACAAUGCCGGCAAGCUGCGCGACCAGAAGAAACACUACGAGGAGGUGGUGUCCCGGCAUCAGGGCUUUAUUGAGCAGCUUCUGAAGGAUAAGGGGUCGUUGUGCGAGAAGGUGGCUGCCCUGACGCGGCGCCUGGAGAGCCAGAACCAGGCCUGGGAACAUCGACUGGAGACGGAGCUGACGCGGGCCAAGGAGACUACACUGGCGGGCGAGAAGAUCCGACGCGAGCGCUGGGUCCGCGAGAACACCAAGAAGAUUAAGGAGCUGACGGUGAAGGGCCUGGAGGCGGAGAUCAACAAAAUGAACUGCGACCAUCAGCGCGAGGUCACGGAGCUGAAGCGAAGCCAUCAGAUGCAGUUGCUCGACGCUCUUGAGGAGGCGCGCCUGAAGCACGAGCAGAUCGAGACGGGCAUUCGGGAGAGCUGCACGCAGGAUCGCGAGUCCAUCAUCGAGAAGGAGCGCACUGCAAUACGAGAGCGCUUCGAGCGCCAGCUGCAGGAGGAGCAGAGGGCCCAAGCGGAUCAGCGCCAAAAGCUGAGCGAGGAGUUCGCCGCCGAACGGGAGCGGCUGCAGACGGAGCUGCGGCAGAAGGAGAGCGACUACCAGGCCAAGCGCCAGGAGGCGCAGCGCGAGCAGGACAUCGAGCUGGAACAGGCCAAGUUCGAGAUGCAGGAGAGGAUGGCAAAGCAGGAGGAGAAGUACCAGAACCGCAUCAACACCAUCGAGCAGCAGUACCUGUCCGACUUCGAGCUGUGGAAGGCGGAGUACGAGAACAAGUGCAAGUUGGACCAGGCCGAGAAGGAGAAUGCCAUCCGGCAGCACUAUCGGGCGGAGCGGGAUCGCCAGUUGGAUGAGCUGGUGGUGCGCAUGGAGGCCGACGCCCUGCAGAACGGCGAGGAGCACGAGCAGAAGAUCACCCGGCUCAAGGAAAAGUACGAGAAGGAUCUGACCUUGGCCGAGAGUGUGGAGAAGUCCCUGAGGGAGAAGUAUGCCGAGACGCGGAGCAAGUUGGCCGAGGCCGAUGCCCAGGUGCGCAACUCCCAGGCGGAGGUCCAGCAGCUCCAGCUGGAGCUCAGCCACAGCAAGAAAAUGUGCGGCGACAUCAUCGGAGAAAGAGACAAGCUCCGCGAAAACCUCAACGCGGACAUUCAGAGCGAGCUGAGCGUCCUCAGCGAGCGCCACAAGCAGGAAAUGGAGCAGCUCCAGAAACGGGUCCACCAUACCAUUCACCGACAGGAGGAAACCAUUGAGGUACUCAAGGGCGACAACGAUGGGCUGCGACAGCAGUGCCUCAAACUUAACGCUGUCAUUCGGCAGCAACGAAAGGACUAUUGCGUCAAGUAGAUAGCUAGGAUACGAGUACUAGUAGUAGAUAGCUUCAUAAACAUGAAUACUUCCAAAGAGUAAAAAGAUAACACUUAGAAAC